GAUAGCAAGGAGAAUCUGAAUCGCUACAUCGAAAUCGCCUUUUGACAGCUAACAUAAUACAAAAAAAAAAUACUGUCUAACUGAAACUUGAUGAAUGAAUGCGUCGGUAUUUCUAACAGUUGCACCUACAUCGAGGCAUAUCGUUGUGAAGGAGUUCCAUUUGAUCGCUUCAAUCUGGAACGUUUCUGCAGAGAAUCUGCUCUGGAGCUAGUAAUGCUGCCUUAGCUGAAACAUUUUUGCUGCGGUGAAGAAAAUACCUUUCAGUUUUAUCGAAACUCCCUGGUGUAUCGGCGCCUGGCUAGCGGGAGGCGGAGCAUGCGUGUGAGGUCAGAGAUCAGAUUGGACGUGGAGCUGUAAUGCGUGCGGCGAGCUGCAGGAUGAACGUGGCGGCCAUUCUGAACGGCCUACUGGUUUCAGUGGUGGCAGCACUGCUCUGGAAGUAUGUGAGGCUGAGCGAGCACGCUGCAGUACUGGAGGAGGAGCUGCAGCUGACCCACCAGUCCCAGGAGCUGUCCCAGGCCCGGAUAGACUACCACGGCGCUCUGCUGGCCCUCCAGGAGCAUGGCACCCGCAUGGUCUGCACCGGCAAGAUGCACACUGACCGCAUCUGCCGCUUCGACUACCUGUGCUACUGUGCCAAGGCCGAGGAGUUUGUCUUCUUCCACAGCAACUCCUCCUUCAUGCUGCCCAACCUGGGGCCCCGGCGCUUCCAGCCGGCCCUGCUGGACCUGUCUUCUGUGGAGGAUCACAACACCCAGUACUUCAACUUCCUAGAGCUGCCCGCCGCCGCCCUCAAGUUCAUGCCCAAGCCUGUGUUCAUCCCUGACGUCACCCUCAUCCUCAACCGGUUCAAUCCGGAUAACCUGAUGCACGUCUUCCACGACGACCUGCUGCCCAUCUUCUACACCAUGCGGCAGUACUCGGAUCUGGACGAUGAGGCCCGCCUGGUCUUCAUGGAGGGCUGGGGCGAGGGUGCACACUUUGACCUCUACCGUCUGCUGAGCAGCAAGCAGCCACUCCUCAAAGAGCAGCUGAGGAACUUUGGCAAACUUAUGUGCUUCACUAAGUCCUACGUGGGCUUGUCCAAGAUGACCACCUGGUACCAGUAUGGCUUUGUCCAGCCACAGGGCCCCAAAGCCAACAUCCUGGUCUCUGGGAACGAGAUCCGGCAGUUUGCCUCAUCGCUGAUGGAGAAGCUCAAUAUCAACACGCAAGGAGGAGGAGAGGAGAGCGCGGCGGAGGAAAAGGACGAGUACAUCGUAGUGUUCAGUCGCUCCAUCAACAGACUCAUCCUGAACGAAGCUGAGCUGAUCCUGGCGUUGGCGCAGGAGUUCCAGAUGAGAGCCGUGACGGUGUCUCUGGAGGAGCAGACCUUCCCAAACAUCGUCAAGGUCAUCAGCGGGGCCUCCAUGUUGGUCAGCAUGCACGGGGCCCAGCUGGUCUCCUCUCUCUUCCUCCCCCGGGGGGCCGUCGUAGUGGAGCUCUUCCCCUAUGCGGUCAACCCUGAGCAGUACACCCCUUACAAAACCCUGGCCUCUCUACCAGGCAUGGACCUGCAGUAUGUGGCCUGGAGUAACAUGGUGGAAGAGAACUCUGUGGCCUACCCAGAGAGGCCCUGGGAGCAGGGAGGUAUAGCCCACCUGGAGAAGGAAGAGCAGGAACACAUCCUGGCCAGUAAGGAAGUACCCAGACACCUGUGCUGCCGCAACCCUGAGUGGCUCUAUCGCAUCUACCAGGACACCAUUGUGGACAUCCCUUCUUUACUAGAGGCUCUCAGAGAGACAGUGAAAACCAGGCCCAACCUGAAGAAGGCCAAGCCUGCCAGCACGGUCCACCCGGGCCGGGUCAGAGAGCCCCAGUGCCAGACGUCGGUCCCGGCCACCAACGAGGCCAUGCUGACUGUGUCGUGGCAAAUCCCCUGGAACCUCAAGUACCUGAAGGUCAGGGAGGUGAAGUACGAAGUGUGGAUCCAGGAGCAAGGAGAGAACACGUACAUGCCUUAUAUUCUCCCCCACCAGAACUAUACCUUCUCUGAAAACAUCAAACCCUUUACAACGUACCUGGUGUGGGUGCGCUGCAUCUUUAACAAAAACCUCCUGGGGCCCUUUGCAGAUGUACUCAUGUGCAGGACAUAACUUUAGUUGAUAUAUACAGUCUCAAGUUUGUAACUGCUUGUUCCAGAUGAUCAGAUAUUGGGGCUGUGGGUUAUUGAAAGUGAUGCUAGAAAGGUUCUGUAUAAUUUCAGCAAGUAGUUUUGAAAGUAGCACUCACAAGCCAAAAUGGGUCCCAGAAAAUUGUGCACAGUUGUAUACAACGUCAUUCAUUCCGUAUGAUAUGUUACGUCCUGCACAAAUGUAUGUUUCCUGCAAUUCGUAUGAUAUGUUAUGAAUUUGUAAGUGCUUAAGAUCCCGUUCAAUAUCUUUAAUAUGAAAAUCUGGGAUUGAGGAUAGUCUCCGAUUGAGGAUAGUUGAUAUGAUGUAAUCUGUAUCUGGUAUUAGAGACUGUGCUGUGUGAUGAGAUGACCAUGUCCUCACACAGAAGAGAGUGAAAUGCAAUGGACAUUCAAUGGCAUUUAGCAUGGGAUGCAGGGACACAUGAGUCACGAUUUAAGGAUACAUUGUCUGUACCUUAGGCAGAAAGUGCUAUACAACGUGUCUUUUUGAGGUAUAGGAAUUUAUUUUAUAUAUUUAUUUAUGAGCAAAAAAUGUAUAGUAUGAAUUAAUGUAUCUUUUUUAUUAGUCUAAAACACUGAACCUAUUUGAGUAUGUAAUGUAGGUUUUCAGCAAAGCCCAGAUGGGACUUUAGGAUGACUUGGUCUUGGUUUCAUACUUCUUUGUUGGUUUGUGAUUUGUUAUACUGUUAUCUGAUAAAUCACACCUUUGUGGCUUAGCCUACCCUCCUGCACAAAGUUGUAGCUUUGUCAUGUUGCCUUUCUAAUUGGCAAUUUACAAAAUUGUUUGCAGAAUAUUGCCAAAACCUUAAAGGGAUACUGUGAGAUUCUGGCAAUUACGCCUUUUUGCUACUUACUCAGAGUCAGAUGAACUCGUGGGUACCAUAUUUAUGCCUCUGCGUACAGUAUGAAGGAAGUUAGAGGUAGUUUCAUGUGCCAAUCCUAACUAGCAUUAGCAUAAUGACUGGAAGUUUAUGAUACCCAUACACUUCCAGUCAUUGCGCUAACGCUAGUUAGCAAUUGCGCUAGCGCUAGUUAGCAACUCCCUUCAAACCGCAC